AUGCGGGAUUCCUUCGCUUCCUUGCUGGCCUCGCGCGCCGGCAAGCUCGCUCUCUCGCUACUGUUGACAUCGUCUACCCACGCACUGACCUUCACACCCGUUGCACCACCCAACCUUAACAUAGACCCACUCGGCCGCGUCGCAUUCGCUGGCGACUUCGACUCCAUAUCCAUAUAUCAAUAUGAGGGCCAAACCCAAGCAAGCACCGGCCGUACCGGAGCUUUACUAUCCCGGUACCCGAAUGGCGUGUUUGCGCCCAUCAACGAGACCGAUGCCGACAUCAUGGCCAUGUGCACGUUCCGAUCGAACGACCAGGACCGCGUAAUGUUCGCAGGAAACUUCACUAGUGUUGGAGACCUUGCCACUCCGGGCGGCGUUGCGGUGCUUGAUCCCAACAGCGGCAACGUGACAGCCCUGGCUGGUCUGGACGGCUUGGUUAACACCCUGUACUGCGACGGCGACCAGGUCUACCUCGGCGGAUCCUUCACAGGCAGCAAUUCCCGCAACGCGAUAAUAUGGAAGGAUGGGUGGCAAGAUCUGUCGUUCGAGGGUUUCAACGGUCCCAUCUACUCCAUCCAAAGGGCACCAAACACCAACAUAAUAUUCGGAGGAGCCUUCAACGGUCUAGGCGGUAAUGCCACAGUCGCGACAGCGAACAACACCCAAAUCAUUCCCAUUUCUAAUGCCGCCAUUUCGGCGCAGACGAGCUCUGGAUUGCCCGGUUUUACCGAGCCGUCAGCUAUUACCUGCAAGGGCGACUUCGCCACGCAAGGGUCCGGUUCGACGUGGCUUCUUUCGGACCGUUCUCCAGGAUUCUGGAAGGCUGAGUUCGGCUUUGGCUUCCGUCCCACCAAGCUGCGCCUGUUCAACACGGAUUUCGAGGGUCGCGGCACCAAGACCUUCCGCUACACUGCGCUUCCAGACGGCGGUAUCAUGAACUUGACAUAUACUGACCUCUCCACCGGCCGACCAGCAUACUGUGAUGCCUUAUGCCCGCUUCCAGAAGGCAACACCACAGCACAAGACUUCACGUUCGUCAACAACAUUGGAAUGAAUGCUUUUAGAGUCGACAUUACAGACUGGUACGGCAACGGAGCCGGUUUGAAUGGCAUUCAGCUUUUCCAGGACGAAAUGUACUCUUAUGCUAUCAACGACUUCAACGAGCCUCAAAAUUGCGGCUCCACAGCUACCGCUCAAUCAGAAUCAACCUCCACCGGCUCAUGGCAGGUUACACCUUCGCACGAUAGUUUCUCGGAAUACCUUACCGCUGUCUUGCAAGGUCCAGACAUCUCCACAGACGCCGCCACUGUCACCUUCCAGCCAGACAUCAAGCAAUCUGGUAAUUAUUCGGUCACUGUCUAUACGCCCGGAUGUUUGGGUGACGGGACUUGCGGAAGCCGUGGUCGUAUCAACGUCACAGCACAGAUGUCUCAAGGUGGAUCGGACGCAGGCAACAUCCUCUGGCAAACCAACAACUACGACAAAUAUGACGAGAUCUACAACGGGCCGAUCGAUAUCAGUGAUGGUUUCAGGCCUUCGGUCACUUUGAGGCCUGCCCCCGGCCAGGGGCCCACUCCAGUCACUGUCGUCGCUCAGAGGGUGCGUUUCACGCUCCUGAAGGCUACAUCUGGCAACAUCAAUGGUCUCUUCGAGUACACUCCUGGGAAGGCACUGGCUGACAUUGAGCUCUCCGACUCUGUGAUCAACCAGGCUGGUGCCAGCCUGACUCCCCGCGAGAAGGCCUCUGUUGUGAGCGUAGUUGCUGGCGAUGACAACUUGUACGUUGGUGGCAACUUCGCCUCAAGUGACGGCCGCAACAACAUUUUCUCCAUUGGCAGGAACGCUCAAGGCCCAACUGCGUUGAAUGGUAACGGACUGGAUGACCAAGUCAAUGUCAUGUUCCACAAGGACAACACGCUUUAUGUCGGUGGUAAUUUCACCAACACUAAUGAUGGCAACGUUGCGGGACUGAACGGCGUGGCUUCCUAUGUCAACAAUGAAUGGAAAGCCCUUGGCGCCGGUGUUCAGGGUGUCGUUCUGUUCCUUGUUCCGUUCGAGCUCAACGUCACCGUCAAUACUCCAGAAGAAGUUCUCGCGGUCAGUGGUUCCUUUGGCACGGUCAAUGGAUUCAAUGGCAGCCCUUCCGCAGCUGUGGAGGGACUUGCAGUCUGGGUGCCUUCUCAGAACAACUGGCUACACAACCUCAACUCGACUUCGUUCUCGGCCUCGGGUAGGCUGAUGACGUAUGCGGAUGCAGCAGAAAAGCGCUGGUUCGGUGGCUCCAUCACAUCGGGGUUCCUCGGUGCCAAUGGAGCUGCUGAGUUGAACAGUGAAAACGACGAUCUAUCACUUCGCACGUUCCCUAUCAACAUCGAAGACCAGCAACAGCCUGCACUGCGAAAGCGAGCUAUCAUGGAGAUCGACGACUUGCAGACUACUGGAGUCCGCACUGGGUUCUUCUACAACGAGAAUGGCAACAACAAGACUAUUUUGGCCGGUCACUUCGCUGCCUCAGGCACAGACGGACAGAACAUUACCAAUGUCCUUAUCAUCGACGGCAACGACUCUGACAAAGUCACUGGUUUCGUUGAACAGGUCGACGCAAAUUCGACUUUCGCUGCUGUCGCCGUGAACAACAACGUACUCUUCGCUGGAGGCGUAAUCACUGGAACCGUUAGUAACAGGCGUGUUGCCGGUAUUGUAGCUUAUGACCUUUCGUCAAACAGCUUCCCGAGCGUUCAGCCGCCUGCGCUGCAGGGUAGUAAUGUCACCGUCAACGCCAUUGCACCUCGACCGAAGUCCGAAGAGAUCUACGUCGGAGGCCGCUUCCAGUCUGGCGGAGAUCUCACCUGCCCUGGUUUGUGCAUGUGGAACACCAGAACCAGCCAGUGGAACCGACCAAACAACAACGUUGCGGGUGUGGUCAACGCCUUGAUCUGGACCUCGGACACCACCCUGCUUGUGGCUGGCAACUUGACAUAUGGCGACAACACAACCAUGAUCCUCUCAUUCGAUCAGUCGAAGAAUGAGUUCACCGAGAUUGCGGGUGCCAACGGUCUGCCAGGACCCGUGACAGCACUCACCGUCGCUACUAAGGAAGGCGACCAGUUCUGGGCAAGUGGUAACAGCACUGACGGCACGGCAUACCUCCAACGCUUCGAUGGCAGCAAGUGGUCCUCCGUCGACAACGCUCUUUUCGGCGCCGGUACAGACAUCCGUGGCAUCCAAGUUCUGAGUUUGUCUGAGGAUCACGAAGCUUCAGACAUCAUCGACCGAGACCAGGAUCUACUGCUUAUGGGGCAGAUCAACAUUACUAGCUUUGGUACUGCAUCUGGUGCCUUGUUCAACGGAUCUACACUGGUUCCGUUCCUUCUUGCCACAACAGCUGAAAACACUGCUGGAAGGCUGUCGUCAAUCUUCGUCGAAAACCCCAACAUGUUCUUUAGACAGACCAAAAAACAUCUGGCUGUCGGCUUCAUCGUUCUUAUUGCGCUCGCCAUUGCUCUCGCACUCACCUUCCUCCUCGUUGUCGUUGGCAUCAUUAUCGAGUGGUACCGCAAGAGGGCACAGGGUUAUUCUCCAGCCCCACAAUCAUACCCCGAUCGACUGGGCAAUGUAGGAAGGCUACCACCGGAGCAACUGUUCGGAACGCUGAGUGGUCCACGAGCACCUACAAUAUGA